UUACCGUUUCUGCUCGUGUUUGUGUACAAGCCACUACCGUGACAAUGGCGGGGAAGAUAUGUAGCUGUCUCGCGGGAGGGGAGACUGAAACACCAAAGUACACAUACAGGCGACUGUCGGAGCCUACCACUGCAAACCUCAAGGCCAAGUACAAUGUGGUCGUCAUCGGGUCAGGGUAUGGAGGGUCUAUCGCUGCAAGUCGGGCAGCCAGAGCGGGCGUGUCCGUGUGUGUACUUGAGCGGGGGAAGGAGCUCCAGCCCGGGCAGUACCCGGACGACAUCCUGCAGGCCGCCGGGGAGACGCAGGUGGACAUCAACACCGGAGACUCCGGCAUCGACUGCAAGCUCGGGCAGCCCACCGAUCUAGUGGAUAUUGUCGUGAACCAUGACGUCACAGUUGUGCAGGGAUGUGGGUUGGGAGGAGGAUCUCUCAUAAACGCCAAUGUCGGGCUGGACAGUGACCCAAGGGUUUUCGAUGAUAAGGUUUGGCCAAAGGCAUUUCGCGACGACCUGGAGGCUGUGAAUGGGGUUGACCGGGACCAUGCCUGGCAGAUGCUCAAGCCUUCCCCAUACCCCCGCCGGUACCCCUCGCUGACCAAAAUGGGGCAGCUGAAGAAAGCAGCCAAGGCAGUAGCGAAGGAAGUCCUGGACAUAGAAGACAUGGAUAAAGUUUUCUACAGACCGCCUCUGUACGUUAAUUUUAAAGACACGAAGUCUAACCACGUGGGUGUUCCCCAGGCGGCGUGUGUAGGGUGUGGGAACUGCUGCUCGGGAUGUAACUAUGGCGCUAAGAACACCCUCAUCAUGAACUAUCUACCUGACGCCAAGAACCAUGGAGCGGACAUCUUCACUAAGGUUGAGGUGAAAGCCGUAGAGAAAGUCGACGGUGGUGAAUGGCGGGUGUCUUACGUCACACACGCAGGCGACAGCGCGUCGGAGGAGCGGACUCUGCGGGCCGACAUCGUCAUUCUGGGCGCAGGCUCGCUGGGCUCCACCAAGAUUCUACUCAACUCAAGAAAAAGAGGCCUGAACAUGUCCGACCAGUUAGGAGAACGGUUCAGUACGAACGGGGACACCAUCAGCUUCAGCUAUGACGGCCGGGAUGCGAUGGAAUCAGUGGGACUCCCUCCUGGCUUUGAGAAAGAAGACGAGAGGAAACCUGUUGGCCCUUGCAUCAGCAGUAUCAUAGACCUGCGCAGUCCACAGAAGGACCUGCGGGAAGGGUACGUGAUCGAGGACAGCUCCCCGCCCCACAUGACGGAGAUGGGCUACAGCAUCCUCAUGGCCAUAGAGAGCCACGUCAGCGGGAUAGACACGUUUCCUGACAAAAGUCUCUGGGAAGACACAAUGCGAAGCCUCCGUCCGGACAACAUUUCCCGCACGCUGGGAAUGCUGACUAUGAGUCAGGAUAAAGCUCAAGGCAGGCUGGUCCUGGACCAACAUGGCGACAUCGCCAUGCACUACCCCAACAUCGGACAGGAGAAGAACUUUGAGUUGGUGAACAGGGGGCAUAAGGUGGCCGCUGGGAGCUUGGAAGGUACCUUCAUCCCUAACCCGGUGUGGGGAGGUCUGUUCGCCAAGUCUCGGGACGUGAAGUCUGUCAUCACCGUCCAUCCGCUGGGAGGGUGUGCGAUGGGAGAGUCCGGCCAGACCGGGGUGGUCAACCACAAGGGGCAGGUGUUCCAGGGGAACACAGGCGAGGUGUACGAAACCCUGUACGUGGUUGACGGCGCCGUCAUCCCCCGCAGUCUGGGAGUCAACCCCACUCUCACCAUCUGCAUGGUCGCCGAGCGCUGCAUGCGACUCCUAGCGGAAGACUGUGGAUGGACAGUCAACUACAGCUUCGGCAAGAAACGCUAGCAAAUGAGCACAGCCCACCAUUUCAAGUUUAAGUUGAAAUAUAUGGUAGACAUCUAAGAAUUGUAUCAUAUCUGCACGUAAUGGUAUGACUUAAAGCUAGUAUGAUAUCACGCCUUAUGAUAUUAUAGCUCGAAUCAUAUAUUUCGUACCUUCUGUAUAAUUAACGACAUUAACCCUUAAGUCACCUAGGCAAGAAUAUUGCUGUGAUGUUAUUUUGGUCUUACUCACAAAGAAUUGACAAUUACAUUAAUUUACUCGAUAUCUCUCUUCUAAAUUUAAGUUUACAAAUAAUAUCCGAUUAAUAAUUGUU